CCCCUUCCCAUAUAUAACCUCUGCGACUGCGUCUUCCCCUCCACCGCUACAACGUCUCAUAAUAAUACCGCGAGGUUCGUUGUGCGUGCGCGUGUGCAUUUGUGAUGAUGUCCGUGCAGGCACAGUACGUCGCCGCCUCCUCCUUCCCCCAUGACACUACCCACGCCGCCAUCAGGCCGGCUCUGGAGAACUCGGCGUUCCUUGACGAGCCGCCGUCGGCGGCGGUGGGCGGCAGCGGCGUCGCCAACAACACGGUGGUGGUUUUCAGCGACGACCCGCGCAGCGAGCUCACCUGCAGCCAGCGCCGCGGUAACAACAGCAACUACAAUUUCGACGAUUGCGGCGGGUGCUGCCUCGUGCCGCGGAAGCGCGCGCGGUUGGGUGGCGACGAGGAGGAGGGUUUGCUCGGUGUCAUGGACGGCGGCGGGCACCGUGCGCUGCUGCCGCCGCCGGCGCCGGUGACGCAGGCGGCGUUCGGGGACGUGCGGAAGGGAAGCAGCAGCAUCGGCAGGGUCGUCGGCUCAGGCGCGGCGUCCACCAGCGGGCGCCCCGUCUGCGGCGGCGGCAACGCGACACUCUCACACGGCCUCCUGUCGCAUCUGUACCGCCAGAGCGUCGAGGUCGACGCGCUCGUCCGCUUCGAGAAUGAGAGGCUGCGGGCGGGGCUGGAGGAGGCGCGGCGACGCCACCUGCGGGCGGUGGUGUCGGCGGUAGAGCGCGCCGCCGCGCGGCGCCUUCACGCCACGGAGGCCGAGCUGGAGCGCGCGGUGGGGCGGAACGCGGAGCUGGACGAGAAGCUCCGCCAGAUGGGCGCGGAGGCGCAGGCGUGGCUGGGCAUCGCCAAGAGCCACGAGGCCGCCGCCGCGGGGCUCCGCGCCACGCUCGACCAGCUCCUGCAAUCCCCCCGCGCCGCCGCCGCCGAGGGGGAGGGCGACGCCGAGGACGCGCAGUCGUGCUGCUUCGUGCAGCCGGCCGGUGGAGGAGCAGCCGAGGUGUCCGGCGGCGGGAACGGGAGGAGGGCGUGCAGGGCCUGCGGCGAGGCGGACGCGUGCGUGCUGCUGCUGCCGUGCCGGCACCUCUGCCUGUGCCGAUGCUGCGAGGCGGCCGCCGACGCCUGCCCCGUCUGCGCGGCCACCAAGAACGCCUCCCUCCAUGUCCUCCUCCCCUGACCGGACGGACUCCUGCAAGCAGCUCAACGACGUAGGUGCACUGCCCCGUUCGACCGGUCGUGCAUUCCAAGGUCGUGUCAAGAUUAAAAAAAUAAGUCUUUUUUUCUCCUCUUUUCCUUAAACCUCAAUCUGUAUUUUUUCUUUUACGGGUUGUCAAGGAACAAAUUUGUUUUUUUUUUUUGCCCGAGCAUAUUAGAUUAGUGAAGUUGUUGAAACGGUAAAUAGAAUCUGGUAGUAAUAUACAAGCUGCUCAAUAUAUCUCGACGUUUGUUUCGUCUCCGUCUGGAAAAUUUGUCAGUGUGCGUGCGUCACUCCACUCCUCGCAUUCUUCGUUUGCUGAGGUGCUGAACGUUUCCAUAAACGACGCACCUGACGCACAAUGCUUACAUCGCAA